AUACUUUCAUUGUUGUCGAACAGCUGACUGUGCGGUGGGUGGUACGAGGGACUACUAUCUAUUUCAGACCAGUUACAAAGCAGUCCGAAAAACGAUUGACAGAUUUAAUUCUAUACGUUGUAAGCGUUGAUAAUCGUCUACACAGAACCAUGGCUGAAACAGACCCCAAAUCGGUGCAGGAUCUUACUAAUGUGGUCCAGACGCUGCUGCAACAGAUGCAGGACAAGUUCCAGACCAUGUCAGACCAGAUCAUCGGGAGGAUCGAUGAGAUGAGCACACGCAUUGAUGAUUUAGAGAAGAACAUUGCAGAUCUAAUGACCCAGGCCGGUGUUGAAGAGAUCGAGGGAACGCCAGAAAAGGCUAAAGAGGGUCAAGGCUCAUAAUGAAGGUUCCUAAGUAACAAGAUGUGAAGUCGGUCCUACAUUCAGGAGCGGGAGAGGUUUCCAUUCUGAAAAUGACUUCUAUUGAUUUGGUGUGUUGUUGUGUGAAAUGCUUUUUUUAUAUAUUGAAUAUUGUGAUAAACGGUUACAGUUAUGUAAUGACUUGAAAAGUUGAACGUUAUUUGUAAGUUAGACUAGUGUGAAUUACGCCCUUCUGAACCCUAAAAACGCUUGAGCGGGAACGCAGCUUAUGGAUUUUGCGCGUCAACCCGGAGGUUAUUUUGCUGCCAUCUUGUAUUGUAAUUAACUAAAUCCCAUGAGGUGAUGGCUGACGGGGAAGAGACCCCUCCCCCUACCCCCCACCACCAGCCUGUGCUGAAACGUACAACUGGAAAACAAACGGGCCAGUAGAACCUCCAAAUCCCUCCCAACAUGAGGAAGUAGGCACAGUAAACAUCUGAAGACUGCAGUGUUUUGUUUUUUUUGUUUGUUUUUUAAGAGCACCACUGUUACUAACACGGUGUGGGAUGCAUUCCAGUUCUAACUGAUUUUGUUCGAUGAAACCUAUUUAAUACAAUGCUGUUUGUCACCUAUUAAAUAAUAAAUAUUUGGCCAGGUGCUGAGUAACUUCUUUUCUAUAAAUCGUAUCUCUGAGGUGCUCAAAGUUAGGUAUUUUUUCAAACUAGAGUUGUAAUUUAGAUGCAAAUUUGUGGAUCAUCUGUGUUGCAUGUUUUUUGUUUUUGAUAGACCAAUAUGGUUUUGCAUAUUUGAAUCAGAGUGGCUAAGCUGAAAAGUUGGACAUUGAUUUUCUAGAAUAAUCCAAUGUCUUUAAAUAGAAGAAAAUGAGAAUCCAAGUAUGUAACAGUAGACCUCAUGCAACAACAUCACUGUGUUGAUAUCUGAAUUUGUUUUGUUUUGUCUUUUAGUACAAUGAUCUUUUACAAGCAUGCCACAGAUUCAACAAAUACUAACUUGAUAAAACUGUCAAAGCUGCAUAAACAUGAUGAAUGCCACUUGUACCACCAGCUGUUUAAAUUAAGUGUGAAAGACUUGCUUCAAAGUAAUGAAACAUCUACUAAAAAAUAAUUAAAUUCAUUACAGACAAGUCCGAUAAGAGGAGUGGACCGCUUGCAAAAAGUUGUAAAUUGCUCACAUGUAGCAUUUCCAAAUUAAGUUGUGAGUACGAGCGGUUCUUGGACGAGGCUCAGUUAAGAAGUCUGCGUAAUGUUCGGACAAAUUUGUGACCAAGGUUUUAUUCUUUCAUUGCAGAGUUAGAACCUUUAUUCAAGUUAAUGCAAACACAAAAUGCACAAACAAAUAAAGAGCAGUUGACUAAAUAAUGUGCCAAAAAAAAAAAAAAAAAGCUUCAACGUAAGUGCACAGCUGUAAACAAAACAAUGUUUGACAAGGGCAGACUUUCAUCAUGUCACACAGUCUCAUUUCAGUACAUAAUCAGUAGACUAGGACGUAGUAGGAAUAGUUUACCAUAAAUACCAUAAGAGGAGUUUUAUGGGUGUGGAGUUAGAACUCGAAGUCUGCUUCCGUCAUGUCGAUGGCCCAGGCGAACUUAUCCCUUUGGCUUUUGUUGUAGAUCUUUUCAACGGGUACCUCCAUGUUCUUACACCUGACACAUUGGGGGAUAAGGAUACACAAAAAAUAAUUUAGCAAAUCCUCAAAUCAUUUCUGCGUCUUCUAGCUGGUAUGUGACACCAGCUACGAUAUACACAAUACAUACUAUAGAAACAAAGCUGGACUAGAACAGAAAACGACUAUCAGGAGCUAUUAUGUACCUUUAGGCAUCUUUAGAGCUAAUAUGCUAAAGAAGAGAAAAUAAUUAACGCUAUAAUUAAAUAAGGUAUUUAGAAAACGAUAACAUUUACAUUAUAAAUUCUAUAUAAUUUAAUAGAAAGUGAGUUUUAGUACACAGGUAUUAACUACAAUCAUUUCACUGAUUCUAUUUUUCUGUACCUUAUAUUAUGCAUGAUGAUACUGUCUGAAAGUUUCUUGUUUCAGUGUGUUUUCGAAGGCAGUAGUAGAAA